GCCCUGCUGGAACUUGGGAAAUUGGAUCUGGAGGGGUUGCUACGCUUGGCUGCAGGCGUGGAAGCGACAGAUCCAUCUUCGCAGACAUGGCUGGCAAUACAGGCGGAGCUGGUUCGGCGGCUGCCAGAUCUGCACAUCGAUGUCUCGGAUUUCUGGACCUUAUUGGCAUUGCCUUCAUGUGCCACAUGGCAGAUGCCCUCGCCAGCUGGUGCAGGUCGCCCCUUUCUCUGCUUCUACGUCGCUGUGGCCACCUUCGCGACGCACGUGGCGGGCAGAAACCACACGACACUUCGGAUCGUCACGUUUUGACCAAAGAUCCGGGCACGGGUGUCUGCGAUGGGGAGGCACCUGUACAGCUUUUGGACCUUGCCAAGGCCACCUUCGGCGAAAGCACACCCAUCUUCGGUGAUGCCGCGCACUGGCACGGGUUUCUGCACCGCCUGGACGUGCCUUGCUCUGGCCUUGUCCUGCUGGCAACGACAUACGAGGCUUUCUACGAUCUGCAGCUGCAGCUCCACACUGGGGAGCUGGAGAGGGACUACGCCUUGCUUUGCCACGGUUGGCUCCACGGCUUCCGGGUAUUGGAGGCUUCGCUGCACCGAUUCGCGGCCGGCGGGCGUGGCCGGCAAAGCCGAAGCCUGGCUAAAGCCCUGGCGCUAAGUCGGCGCAGCUUCCAGGCGUUCACGUUCGCUGCUGUACGGAUCAUGACUGGUCGGCAGCACCAGAUUCGCAGGCACUUCGCGCACGUUGGCCACCCCGUCGUCCACGACAGCCUCUACGGAAGUGUGUGGACCUUGUCGGAGGACUCUACUCUUUGCACUCGGAAUUGGUUGCAUCGCUACCGCCUGGCUUUCAGGGUGGGCGGCAGCCUCUGGGCACAAUGA